CUUUAGUUGGCAAAACAAUCUCAUUCAACGAAGUGAACCAAAAUAAUUAUAAAACAAAAAUUGAUCUAUAAAAGUCUCGUAGAAUUAAUAAAUGUGAACAAGUGCAUUAACUGUGUUUCAAUAUUUAUAAAUAAAAAGACAAAUGCAAAAGCAUUUUCUUAACCAUUUCUUUUCUUCGUGUCCACAACAUGAAUUGGACGUAUUCCAUUUUUAGUUACCAUUGUGCGCUGUUUGCAACUUUUCUAGUUUAUUUACAAAUUCAACGUUGCACUUCCGUUUACCAUGAAGAACCGAAAUAUAAAUGCCCCGAGAGGGCUCAACUUAUUUAUCCAUGUUAUUGUGAGAAAGGUUCCGAUGACGGAAUAUCUGUAAGAUGCGAGAAUGUUAAUCUCGCAACAUUAUCUGUUGCUCUUCAAAAUCUUGGAGCACUUAGUCCGUUAAUAUUUGAGCUUACAAUUUACAAAGGAAAAAUAGCUCGCUUGUAUGGACCACUCUUCGCCAAAAUAAAUGCUCGAAAAUUGAUUUUCAAUGAAGUGGCACUUGAAUCGAUUGAAGAACACACUUUCCAUGGAUUAAAUAAAACCCUUGAAGAAUUGCAUAUUAUAAACAGUAAAAUUGAAAGAUUCCCUGCAGAAGCCGUUGGGAUCCUUAGUAAACUAACAGUCCUAAAUAUUCAUGGACACAACAUUGAAACAUUGAACAAAGAUAUUUUCGUAGGAAGAGAAAUUGCAAAUCGUCUUGAAACCCUUCGAUUAACUAACGGUACUUUGAAAGAUCUUCCAGUUGAAUCAUUUCAGCUGCUACGAAAACUUAAAACGCUGGACUUACAUGGCAAUCGGUUGACAGUACUGAAAAGAAACCAAUUCAAGAAUUUAAGAGAUGUUGAGAAUCUUGAUAUCAGUUUUAAUAAUAUCACUAAAUUGGAAGCGAUUAAUAUAGCUGAUUUAACCAAGCUAGGAUGGUGCAAUGUUUCAAACAAUGCAAUUGCGGAUCUGCCACGUGGUACCUUUGCCCGAAACUCAGUUCUUAAAGUCUUAAAUCUUUCAUUUAACAUGAUACAGCGAUUGGAUGCAAAUAGCUUCAGAGGAAUGCGAUUUUUAAGACGCUUAUACUUGAAUGAUAACCAAUUGUCGGACAUUGGAAGAGGAACUUUCGGAUCAAUUACUCGAAUAGGUACAAUUGACAUUGCCAGAAACUUAAUGAAGAAAAUCGAAUUCCAAAUGUUCUCCCAAUUGAAUUAUGUUGAGAUAUUAGAUAUGGCAGAAAACAACAUAACGGUUAUUGAAAAACAUUCAUUUAAGGACAUCUAUCAAUGUAAAAUCAACAUAUCACAUAAUGCUAUUGAAAAAAUAGAGCCUUUAGCUUUUGAAAACUGUAUCAAUAUAACCGUAUUGGAUUUAUCACAUAACAAAUUGACUGAGUUUGUUAAAGGUUCUUUUGAUGAAACAACUUUUCCCACUGAAUUUCAAAUUUCCCAUAACUUCUUCACGGAUCUGUCUCAGAUUCCCUUGCAAAAUAUGUCAGGACUAAAAAUAUUAAAUGCCUCAUUCAACAGCAUAGAGACAAUUCCAAAAAAUACUUUCCCAAAACUUUACGAAUUGCAUACAAUUGACGUUUCACACAACAAUAUUUCUACCAUUGCAAAUGGAGUCUUUCAAAUGUUAUUCUCACUCAGAAAUUUAAAUAUUAGUCAUAAUAGCUUGGAAGAAAUUAAAACCUCUAUGUUUGGAACUAUGCCGACAGUGCUUGAAUUAGAUCUGAGUUAUAAUAAACUAACUUCGAUUGUGAGAGGGGCUUUAGCCAAACUAACCAGUCUAAGGCAGCUUUAUCUGCAGAACAAUUUAUUAGAGAAGCUCUUUCAAAUUCCGAUAUCCCUUAAUGAACUUUACAUGGCUAAUAAUAAGUUACAAUCAAUACCACCUGGAACAUGGCCAGUUAUGAACUCUCUGCUGUAUCUGGAUCUGGCUGGAAAUAAUCUAAGUGACUCUCUGGAGGGAGACAAUUUCAAAGGGUUAUUGGUCCUACAAACACUAGUUUUGAAUAAGAACAACAUCAGUUAUCCACCAAAACAAAGUUUAACUGAUAUGUCAACAUUACAAUAUUUGCAUUUGGAGGAAAACAAUAUAACGAAAUUGGAAAAAAGUGCCUUUGGAAAGCUACCAGUUUUAUUCCACCUGAACUUGUACAACAACAGUAUUACUGAAGUGAGCAAACGUUCUUUUGAUGGUCUUCUUCAGCUUUUAUUAUUGAAUCUCUCCUCAAAUGCCUUGGAUACUAUUCCAACUGAAACAUUUUUAGGACUUCCUUCGUUACGAACUCUUGAUUUAUCAAAUAAUAAUUUAAAAAAACUGGACAAUAAAACCAACGGUGUCCUAGACGAUUUGAUAAGUUUGGAAAAGCUUAAUCUUAGUCAUAACAAAAUAAGUUUUGUAACAAAGAAAUCAUUCCCUUCCAAUAAGUAUAUUCCGUAUAAUUUGAGAGAAUUGGAUUUAAGUUAUAAUUCUAUGCCAGUUCUGACGUAUGACAUAACAUUUGGUACUAAAAAAUUAUACAAACUUGAUCUUUCACAUAACCACAUCAAUGAGAUAAGAAAAGGUGUUCUUGGAAAUAUGACAAAUUUAAGAACACUAGAUUUGUCAUACAACAGCUUAAGGGAUUUGGUAUCAGGUGAAAUUUUCAUAAAUCUUCCAGACAAUCUAACCACAAUCAAUGUUCGCAACAAUGAAAUAUAUAAAAUGCCAUUUGAUAAAAUGUUGGCACAACUAAAACUUACAAACCUCGAUUUGCGUGAAAAUCAAUUGGAAAAAAUUCCUGUUAGUCUUCUAAUGGCAAUAAAAAAUGGAACAGAAGUCCUUUUCAAUGGAAAUCCCUUGUAUUGUAAUUGUGCUGUUCGACCCUUUAAGCAUUAUCUACUCUCGCAAACCAAUGUUUCGGAAGAAUAUGCCAAUAUUAUGUGUUCAAUGCCAGCCCAUUUAUCUAAUCAACCUUUGAUUUCAAUCGCUGAUGAGAAUUUACAGUGCAGUUCGGAAGAUAAUAAAAUCUACCAAGAACAAAUAUUCGAUAUUUUGCCAGAUGUGCGUUUCCGAGAAGUGAACGUAAAAGACGACCAGGUCAUUGUAAAAUGGUAUGUGACUUCAACUAGAGAUAUUGCUGAAUUUUCUGUCUACAUUCGAAACAAGAAAAAUGAAAUAUUUUAUCAAAAGGAAUUUGAUUACGAGCAGAGAUCAGCUAGAAUUGCAGUAGAAAAUAUAGAGAAAGCAACCAAAAAUGGAAACACUGCCGAAAUAUGUGUUAUAUCGAAAGAAAGCAGUGGCACAAUAGGCCGGUGGUUUGAAUCGCAAUGCGUAAAAACGCCGGAUAUUUCGAAGAAAUCUUUUCGUGGAAGUUUAUGGGCUCGCAGCAGUUCAUCAAGCAACAGAAGUUUGGGUUUAUUAUUCAACAUAGCGCUUUUGGUGAUAAUUAAUUAUUCUACCUAUUAGCUUUGAGGUCCUUUUAAUAUUGUUAUAUCGUUUUAAAUAUAAACAUGCUGUUAUUUGUAUAGAUUUACCUUAUACAAAAAAAAAUUGUUAACAAAGCUAACUUAUUAAAAAAUAUAAACAAGGAUAUUAAAUUUAGUA